AUGUCCGGCGCAACCACCACCUGGCUGUCGAGGCAGCGCAAGUCUGACCUUACCGAGCUCGCGCAGCACACCGGGCUCAAGAACUACGAAUCUCUCAAGAAGACGGAGCUCGAGCUGGCCCUUGACGAGUAUCUCGCCGAGAACUCGAACCAGUUCUCGUCAGACUCGAAGCUCGCGCCCUACUACUCGAGUCGUGCCAAGGCGGCUGGCUCGCCCGUCAAGAAGGAUGCCGAGGUGACAGACAAGCUGCGCGUAGCCAAGCGCAGGGCGACAAAGAGUGUCGAGGACCUUGUCAACCAGGACUCCGAGUCGGAACCAACCGCCAUUUCCAGUGCGCUGGUCCAGACCCCUGGCCGCGCGCUCUCGCUCGCCCAGCGCAUUCCUCUGCCAGCCACGCCUGCAGACGUUGCUAACGCCGUCGACCGCUCCACCCAGGCUGUCCGCGUGCGUGCUGCUUCGAUAUACAAGGAGUCUGGCAUCACCGAGGCCACUAAUGCGACGCGGGAGAGCCUCUCUUCGGUCACCUCGGUCCUGUUCCUCAUCUCCGCCUUUGAGUUGUACUUCCUCCGACCCGAACUACUCACCGACCGCUACGCCUUUACCUUCCCGGCAAUUUCUUUGCUGGGCACCAAGGAUUACCCAGUAUUCGUCCCCGACUUGUUCCUGCUUCUGACGUCUUCUUUCUGGAACCCUGCGCUGCUCUGGGCCUUUACAAGUACCAUUCUGCCCACACUGGCGGGCUACUUCGUCAACUUGACCACUGGUGCCCACCAUGGUCGUGUUACCCGCCGCACGGCUCCCGCGCCCGACUAUGUUGUGGACCCGCUGACCUUCAGCGUGGUCAAGGCCGUCAUCUCGUUUGUGGUCUAUGGCCAAGGCGUCACGUUUGGUGGGUGGGUGAGCCCCAGCUCGAUCGAGCGCAUCAACACGGCUGUCUACGGCGGCUACAAGGGCGUCCUGGUCGGCUCUGCCAUCACUGCCCUGUUCAGCAUCUACGAUGCUGUCAACAUUCCCAAGACCCGUAAGACCUACUGCAAGGGCAAGGAGUGCAAGAAGCACACCCAGCACAAGGUCACCCAGUACAAGGCUGGCAAGGCCUCGCUCUUCGCGCAAGGAAAGAGACGUUACGACCGCAAGCAGUCCGGUUACGGUGGUCAGACCAAGCCCGUGUUCCACAAGAAGGCCAAGACGACAAAGAAGGUCGUCCUGAGACUGGAAUGCGUUGCCUGCAAGACUAAGCUCCAGCUGGCGCUGAAGCGCUGCAAGCACUUCGAGCUUGGUGGUGACAAGAAGACCAAGGGUGCCGCUCUUGUUUUCUAA